AGGGUGUGGCUCAGUACCUGCAAAAAGCAAUGGCUCAACACGUACACAAAGAAAGGUCUUUCAACGCAUUCUUGUCUUCUGCUCCUAUUCUCUCUGAGCUACUGGAACACAUUGAUGUUGGUACUAAGUGGUACCUCUUAGGUACAUUGCUACACGUUGAUGAUAAGAGAUUGAAUGGUAUUGAGCAGUCACAAGGACAUGAUGAUACAAGCAAGGCAUUAAGGAUGUUUCAACACUGGCUGACCACUACUCCUACUGCUAGUAGGAGACAAGUUCUGGAAGCGUUGAGAAAGAGAGUGGUUAAUGAGCAUAGAGUUGCUGAUAAAUAUGAAAAAUACUUAAAGGAGCUUCUUGACACUAUAUCUACUGAAGCAGUUUCCAUUCUUCAAAGGAAUAUCCAAUCAUUGAAUAAAGCUCUUGUCUUUCCUGUACAAGUGUCUCAAAUGUUAUACUGUAAGAGAUGUAUAAGUGAAGUUACUCUGGAUGAAAUGGAGAGGAUGGAUCAGAGGAGGUCACUGGAUGACAAGAAGACCACUCUAUUGACUGCCAUGAAAGAAAUAGUGUCUAGUGACUACAGGAAACUUAAAGAUAUUGCUAUAGUGCUGUCUGACUUUGAGGAAUUAAGAGAUAUAGCCAAUGAAAUGAUGACCAAAUAUGAAGAGAAAAUUCCUCAGCAAGAUGAUAGUAGAGUAGUGCGACCACAUGAGGUAGUAGGUGGUAAUGAAGGUCGUGCUAGUGAUAUAUUGAGGAAUAAUUACAGUGCUCUCUCUCAGUCAAUUACUGAACCAGUUUGUGUGGCAAGGUUGCUUCAUGAAGAGGUUAUAUCUGAUGAGGCUCUGUCUUGUGUCAUGUCUAUAAGAGGUUCCUACUCUGACAGUAGAGCAGUUCUCCUCAAAGCUGUACGAGAUGCUGUUCACUCCAAUUACAAACACCUGGAGUUGUUUGUUACUGUAUUGAGGAAGUUCUCAGAGACUGCUCAUAUUGGAGAUACUAUUUUGGAGGAAUACAAGCAUUAUUUUAAAACUGAUGCUGAUGAUGUUGAAGAAAUAGAAACAUAUUUAACUGAAAGAGGAAAUUCUGGUCUUUCUCAGUAUGUAUCAAGUGAUUCUGAAACUGAAGACUUGGCUAUUUUUGGUCAUAAAAUACCAUUUCCUCGUAAUAUGGGAGAAGAAUUUAAAGAGAUGAGGAUAAAAUUUGGAUCAACUUUCUAUAACAUAAGACUUCUUUUUUCAAAGAAAUUGGCCAAAUCACAGAAAAACAUCAGCAAUGUUAAAGCAUUGCUCACUGAUAUUUUUCCUGAUCACAAGUCUGAGCUUUCUGUUGCGAAAACCAUUAAUGAUAAAAAGAAUAAUGAUUCACUUGCAGAACAGGAGUCAACUGAAGCAUCUGACACUGACACGUCAAUACAAGAAGAUGAAGAUGUAAAGUGGUUCCAGAAUGGUGUACGCCUUUUUAAUCCUUCACUAGAUAGUUGUAAAGAAGUAAUCAGUAAACUGGAGGAUAAACAUGAAAUAAUGGUGCUCAUUGCUUCACCAUCUGUAAUAAUUCAGUUCCUAAUACCAACUAUAUUGGAAAGAAAAGCAAUAAAACAGCUUACUAUAUACUCAUCCUUAACUCCUGAGGAUAUCCUCUCAUUCUCUUCUGAACUAUCAACCAACAAAUCAUUAACAAGUUUACAGAUUAUUCAUAAUUCAAUCAGUGAUGAUGGAGUCUUUGUAUUAGCAGAGGCACUGCAAUAUAACGAAACACUUCAAUACUUGUAUCUUAAUGAUAAUCCUGACAUCACUUCAGCCAGUGCUCAAUCGCUAGCAAAACUUUUCAUGCUCAGUUGCCUUAAUCUUGAUAAUACUAACAUUGAUCCUAAUGAAGUAAUGGAUUUGAUGGAAUCACUCAGGACCAAUAAUAUACAAUGAGCUGAAAGAUGUUUUGCUUUUACAGUAAUUUUAGUAGGCACAAAAUUAUUAAUAUUUUUAGUAGACAUAUAAUUAUGAAUAUUAUUUUUAGUAGACACAAAAUUUUUAAUACUG